AUGAAGAAACGAGUGGUGCAAAUAUUUGGUUUCCUGAUUUCUUCGUUGGGAUGGCUGUUUGUGCUGUGCUCUAUGGCCAUGGACUAUUGGAGGAUCACCCAAAUAGGAGGACAGGCUGGUUCUUAUAUUAUUAAGGUGGCCUGGUACUGGUCCAAUCUCUGGAAGGACUGUUUCACUGAUUCUACAGCAGUCAGCAACUGCAGGGACUUCGCAGUACUCUGGAGCGUCACCCCUUUUGUCCAAGGAGUGCGAGGACUGCUAAUGUGUGGGUUGACUCUAGCAUUCUUUGCCGUGGUACUCUGCUUUCUCGGGAUGGAGUGCACGUAUAUUGGUGGAAGCAACAAAACCAAGGACAAAAUGCUUUUUAGUGGAGCGGUGCUUCAUUUUGCCGGUGGUGUGUCAAGCAUUGCCGGCUACUGCUUAUACAUCAACAGAGUCGCCAGGGUUGCCUUUGCUCCUGUUGUAGAACGAGGAGUUUUACGGUAUGACCUUGGACCGCCGAUAUUUCUUGGAUUGGUCGGAUGCUUUUUGAUUUAUUUGGGUGCUGUGUUCUACGCUGCAACAGUCUGCUGUGUCAUCUUUCCUAAAAGUAAAGUGGUAUACGCCUACCCAGGAGGCACAUACGUGGUGCCACGCUCCAGAGGAAAAACUUACACUGGAUACUACAGACCUGACUGGCAGUACAACUCCUAUCUGGCCUCUAGACAAUCGAGCAGCUCCAAGAUUUCGAAUCUUUCUCAAACCACACCAACAAAGAUGUCUGAUAGAGAUGCAUUUGUGUAGCUUCUCAUUUAGCAACAAACACAAUUUGAACUCCCUCAGCUAAAUGUUAGCACAGCACAUCAAAAACACAUUUCUUCUGAGGAUACCAUGUUUUUUUUACAGCAGAAACUAUAAUACUGUGCAUUUGCUUAAUCAUUCUAUUUUGUAUAGUAGAAGCACUAGACACUUAGGAGAACAGAAAAACUACAAGUCAAUGAUAACCACAGGGGGUCGACUCAAUAAUCUUCUUACAAUGAGGCCAGGUCACUAGCCAGUCUGAAGUAGUUUGUAUUAUUUGUAAAAUUGUGAUUGUGAUCAACUGUGAUGAGUCCUGUUUACUGCAUGUUCUUGUAGUUGUUUCUGCUGAGAAUAAGAUUCCAAGGCUUUACUGGAGAAUUCUAUUGGGUUUGAUGCCAACUAAAAAUAUUGUAGUGCAGUAUCAAUGUAAAUACAAUGUAAUACUA